UUGCCAUUGGAUGAAAGGUGACUAGAUCACACCUCUAGGUUUGUCACAGCAUUAUAAAGGAUAGUAAGUUCACAAAGUUUUCUGUUGGUACUUUCACCACAUCAACGGCAAGAUGGUGUUCACCGUUAAGGACAUGACCUUCAAGGCUGGUCAGGAACUGACCAUCUCUGGCAAACCCAAGUCUGGAUGCAAUUUAUUCUCCAUCAAUAUAGGUCAUGAUCCUGACAACAUCGCACUCCACUUCAACCCCCGCUUUAACUACGGGAGCGACAACAACAUCAUUGUGUGUAACUCCAACCGAGGAGGAUGGGGCGAGGAGCUGAAGGAACACUGCUUUCCCUUUGACAAGAGCGAGUCCUUCAAGGUGGUGGUUAGCUUCAACAACGAACAAUUUUAUAUCAAACUGCCUAAUGGCACGAUGAUGAGCUUCCCCAACCGCUUCGGCGAUGACAGCUUCAAGCACAUUGACGUGCAAGGUGAUGUCAAGGUUCAGGGCCUCAAGAUCAAAUAAGCUGGCAGUGAUUUCACUCAUGGAAGAACAUCCAACCAAUCUAAUGGGCCAGUCCACCUUAAAUAUAUCUGUAACCCAGGCCAUUGUCACAAUGUCUUUAAGUUGAGGGUCACUGAAAAAUCUUGUAUGAUGCACGAUCCAGUUUAAUUGAAGUGUGGUACAGAAAGUAAGGUGUCUAAAAGGAAACCACUAAAAGUUUGUUAAUAAAACUAGCACAAAAAAAAUGGUCUGACU